CAGAACAUAACCUUAAAAAAACUCAAAACAUGUCAACCUGUGUUUUGUAAAAAAAAACGUAAAAAUGCAAGAUUUACCGGGAUUUGCUGAUCCCAAUGGAGUUGUAGAAAUAGAAGGCAACGAUGAUGGUUAUAAGAGAAAAGGUGCGAAAAAAACUGGCGGUUUCCAGUCUAUGAAUUUAAGUUUUAACUCAAUUAGAGGUAUUACAAAAAGAGGAUAUAAGCAACCAACACCAAUUCAAAGAAAGACAAUUCCCUUAAUUUUGGAAGGCAGGGAUGUAGUUGCUAUGGCUAGAACGGGCAGUGGUAAAACUGCUUGUUUUUUGAUUCCAAUGUUUGAAAAACUUAAACUAAGAAGUGCCAAAGCAGGUGCAAGAGCCUUGAUAAUGUCACCUACAAGGGAAUUGGCUCUCCAGACCUUAAAAUUCAUUAAAGAAAUUGGAAGAUUUUCCGAUUUAAAAGCUUCUGUAAUUUUGGGUGGUGAUUCAAUGGAUGAUCAAUUUUCUGCUAUUCACGGAAACCCAGAUAUAAUUGUUGCUACACCAGGUAGAUUUUUACAUGUUUGCGUUGAAAUGGAGUUAAAAUUAAACAGCAUAGAAUAUGUUGUUUUUGAUGAAGCUGAUAGAUUGUUUGAGAUGGGUUUAGGAGAACAAUUAAAUGAAAUUGUUGGAAGACUACCAGAUUCAAGGCAAACUGUUAUGUUUUCUGCAACUUUACCAAAAGUCUUGGUUGAAUUUGCUAGGGCUGGAUUAAGUGAUCCAGUUCUUUUGAGAUUGGAUGUGGAGUCAAAAUUACCUUCAGAAUUGCAACUUUACUAUUUUCCAGUUAGACCUGAAGAAAAACUUGCAGCCCUUCUAGUAUUACUUAAAUCUCACAUUCAUAAAAAACAACAAACUCUUGUAUUUGCUGCCACUAAACACCAUGUAGAAUACUUGCAUCAGGUUUUGGACCGAUUAGGUAUAAGCAAUACCUAUAUUUACUCAAAUUUAGACCCUUCUGCAAGAAAGAUCCAUGCUGCCAAAUUUAGCAUGGGAAAAGUUCAAGUUUUGGUUGUAACUGAUGUUGCUGCUAGAGGUAUUGAUAUACCUCAAUUGGAUAAUGUUAUUAACUUUAAUUUUCCUGCCAAACCUAAGCUAUUUGUACAUAGAGUAGGUCGUUGUGCAAGAGCGGGCAGAGAAGGUACAGCAUUUUCUUUAGUAACCCCCGACGAAUAUGCGUAUUUGUUAGAUUUAUUCUUGUUUUUGGGUAGACCCUUGGAUUUGUCGUCUCCAAAAAACAAAAAUGGUUGUAUAGGAAAAAUACCACAAUCUCUGAUUGAAGAACAGCAUAGUUCUUUGAUGACUUUACAUGAAAAUCAAAUUGAUUUGGUUAGUACAAGAAAAGUAAGUGAGAAUGGUUAUUUACAAUAUAUUAGGUCAAGACCAGCAGCUUCAUCGGAUAGUAAUAGAAGAAUGAAAGAAAUACCAAUUGCAAAUUGUUUAAUUCAUAGUUUGUUUAAAAAUCAAGGAAUUACUGAUGAAGAUGAAAGGGAGAACUUAUUGGACAAAAUGAAAGGGUAUAGACCUCAAGGAACUAUUUUUGAAAUAUGCGGUAAGAACAAGUCUCAAGAAUACAUUACAAUGAAGCAAAAAAGAGCAUUUCAUAAGGAAAAAAUUUCCGCUCAUCAUCAAAUUGUUGAUAAACGAAAAAUGGAAAUAGAGUCUGCCUAUGAAGAAAGACAGGUAACCUUACCAGGUAGUAAUAGAGAAGAAAUUAACGAAGCUUUCCAACAAGUUAUUUUUCCCAAAAAGAGAAAAAUCGAGGAUUUAUAUAAAGUUAAAAAUAAAAAACCUAGAAUUGAAAAAGAUGAUAACUAUAUUCCAUAUGCUCCUAAAGAUCAACACACAGAGGAAGGUUUGGCUGUAAAUAACUUUACCAAAGAUGCUAGCAGGGCACAAUUAGAUUUGAUAGGUGAUUCUGGUGAAGGAAUGAAAGUUACUAAACAACUAAAAAGAUGGGACAGAAAGAAGAAGAAAAUGGUGGCAGUUGAAAAUCCAAGGUUGGGAAAAAUUAAAACAGAAUCUGGAGCUUGGAUACCUGCUACAUACAAAAGCAAUAGAUAUGCUCAAUGGAAGGAAAAAACCAAGAUUGAUCAAGAUCGUGAUGAUGACGAUGAUGAUGAGGGAGACAAACAAAUGCAAAGAGAGCCAAAAGGUAGGCCAAAUACACACUGGGCAAAACAUAAUGAAAAGGUUAAAUUAAAACAAAAACGAUCAGAAAUGAAGACAACAGAUCAAAUUUUGAAAGCGCGUCAAAUAGACGAGAAGAAGAAGAGAAAACAGAAGGGCGGCAAAAAGGGAAAAGGAAAAGGCAAGGGUAAAAGCUCUGGUAAAAGAAGCAAAAAAUGAUCUUUAAUUAUUU